AAAAAAAGGAGGAGAGUGUGGUGAAUCGGUGUUUCGUCGUGUACGGGGAUGCGUUUGUAUAUAGUGCAUGUAUAUUUUUUGUAUGGAUUUUUGUCAUUUCUUACCUUUGCCAUGCGUAACUGCAAUACAUGGAAAGAUCCCGAAUAAGAUCCGUUUUGUUUUUGUAACAGUCUGUUUACGCACGGAGCAGCUUGCACAUUUAUAGCCAUAUUAAUAUAGCCAUAAAAAAUCGUUGCAAAGAUGCAUAUUUUUACCAAAUAAUCCGACACUGGUCUUUCCACCCGGAGGACGUACUGUUAUCUUGACUGAGCGCAUCGAAACUAAUAGUAAGUACACAUGCUACAGCUUUGCUUCAGGGGGCUAUAUGCUACUAUUACUGUAGGUCGCAAUAUUAGACUACAUCUAUUCAGAAAUUGCUCCAUUUGCCAUGUAGAUAAUCUAGACGAAUGCCAAAUUCGUUCCACAUUAUGUAUGCAAGGGCCAUUCAUUGUCGAUGGGCACAGGCCACAUUUGUUUUGAGUUCCCUCUUGUAAGAAACCAUCACAAUCCUGUCUGCAGUUACAUUUAUACGCUUUAGAAAGAGAGAAUACCAGGGGGAUAAUGUGCACCUUUUUAAAACAUCAUCCAGCCGGUGUAAGGAGGUGACAUGUUAUAUUCUAGACGCUACUUUUGAGACCCAUUCAGAUGGGGACUAUACGGGCGAGCGUCUUCUGGUCGGCCUUCCUCUACAGGCCAUCACGGAUUCCCUCGUCAACAGCCGACAAGUAACUACCGGCAGCAUACGAUCCAGAGAUGGCACGGCUAUUGUUUCUGAUUAUGCUCUAUGCUCUUCCAUCCCUUGUUGUGCCCAUACAUAAUUCAUCAACUGGAGGCUGUGCAAUCAUCCGGCCUCCCAGGGAUGGGGGGAUCCGCUACAGAGGCCUGACACAAGAGCAGAUCCGCAGUGUGCAGAUCCUGCCGGUGGAUUACGAGAUAGAGUACAUCUGCAGAGGAAACCGGGUGAUCGUGGGACCCAAGGUCAGGAAGUGUUUACCCAACGGCACAUGGACGGACAUUACGCAGCACAGCAGAUGUUUGCUGCUGUGUCCACGGGUGUGGACAUCGCUUGAGAAUGGCCGGGUGACGGUGAAGCCCCCCGGGCCUCCAGUGGAAGGGACAGUGCUCCAUUACAGCUGCCAUGCUGGCUUCAUCCUGGAGGGCAGAAACAUCAGCCAUUGCACUAAACUGGGCAAGUGGGAUGCACCUAAACCCACCUGCCUCUAUGACAGAAACUACACAGGCAAGAAGAAGCUGUACAUCGGAGCGCUGUUCCCCAUGAGCGGAGGCUGGCCGGGCGGUCAGGCGUGUAUGCCCUCCGCUCAGAUGGCCCUGGACCUUGUGAACAACAGGAGCGACAUCCUGCCUGACUACGAGCUGGAGCUCAUCCACUACGACAGCAUGUGUGACCCAGGAGAGGCCACCAAGUUGCUGUAUGACCUUCUCUACACUGAGCCCAUCAAGAUCGUCCUGAUGCCCGGCUGCAGCGGCGUCUCCACACUGGUUGCUGAGGCUGCUCGCAUGUGGAACCUCAUAGUGCUGUCCUACGGCUCCAGCUCGCCUGCUCUGUCUAACCGCCAGCGCUUCCCCACCUUCUUCCGCACGCACCCAUCGGCCACUCUCCACAACCCCACCAGGGUGCAGCUCUUCCAGAAGUGGAAGUGGACCCGCAUCGCUACUAUCCAGCAAACCACUGAAGUCUUCACCUCAACUCUGGACGAUCUGGAGCAGAGGGUGAAGGAGGCAGGCAUUGAGAUCAGCGUUCGCCAGAGUUUCCUCACCGACCCGGCUGUCGCUGUCAAGAACCUCAAGCGCCAGGAUGCAAGGAUCAUUGUGGGGCUCUUUUAUGAGACUGAAGCCAGGAAGGUGUUUUGUGAGGUGUUUAAGGAGAAGCUCUAUGGGAAGAAGUAUGUGUGGUUCCUGAUAGGCUGGUACGCAGACAACUGGUUCAAGAUCAAAGACCCAGCUAUCAACUGUACAGUGGAGAACAUGACAGAGGCUGUUGAGGGACACGUGACCACUGAGAUCGUCAUGCUGAAUCCUGAGACUGUCCGCGGCGUCUCCAACAUGACAUCGCAGGAGUUUCUGGCCGCCUUGAUGUCUCGUCUGGGAGGGAAGAAUCCUGAGGAAACCGGCGGGUUUCAGGAGGCCCCUCUAGCCUACGACGCAGUGUGGGCUCUGGCCCUUGCCCUCAAUAAGACUGUGGCACCGCUGAAGGCCAAGGGCCGACGACUGGAGGACUUUAACUAUAACAACCACGACAUCACCUCCGAGAUCUACAGAGCCCUCAACACGAGCUCCUUUGAAGGGGUUUCGGGCCAGGUAGUGUUUGACGCCCAGGGUUCCAGGAUGGCAAUGACUCUUAUCGAACAACUGCAAGGAGGCAGUUAUAAGAAGAUCGGUUACUAUGACAGCUCUCAGAAGAACCUCUCCUGGUUUGGCAACGAUGUUUGGAUAGGCGCGGGGCCUCCGGCUGAUCGGACUGUGGUUAACGAACAAUACAGGUUCUUAUCUCAAAAGCUGUUCGCUGCCGUGUCCGUCUUCGCCGGCCUCGGCAUCUUGCUCGGCAUCGUCUGUCUCACCUUCAACAUCUAUAACGGCAACGUCCGCUACAUCCAGAACUCUCAGCCCUACCUGAACAACAUGACAGCGGUGGGCUGCAUGAUGGCUCUGGCUGCAGUGUUCCCGCUGGGGAUUGAUGGUCACCACGUCCACAGAUCACAGUUCCCCGUCGUCUGCCAGUUCCGCCUGUGGCUCCUCGGCCUCGGCUUCAGCCUGGCGUACGGCAGCAUGUUCACCAAGAUCUGGUGGGUCCACACCCUCUUCACAAAGAAGGACGAGAAGAAGGAGAAGAAGAAGCAACACUUGGAGCCUUGGAAGCUCUACGCAACAGUUGGAGUACUGCUGGCUAUCGACUUCCUGUCACUCAUGAUCUGGCAGAUCGUGGAUCCCCUGCACAUUACGGUGGAGAAGUUCACUAAGGAGGCCCCUAAAGAAGAUUUGGAUGUCCUGAUUCAGCCCUUGUUGGAGCACUGCAGCUCAAAGAAGAUGAACACAUGGCUCGGUGUUGUUUAUGGCUACAAGGGUCUGCUGCUGCUGCUGGGGAUAUUUCUGGCUUACGAGACCAAGUCCGUCUCCACAGAGAAGAUCAAUGACCAUCGGGCCGUGGGGAUGGCUAUUUACAACGUUGCUGUGUUGUGCCUGAUCACGGCUCCAGUGACUAUGAUCCUGUCAUCGCAGCAGGACGCCUCCUUUGCCUUUGCCUCUCUAGCGAUUGUCUUCUCUGCCUACAUCACUCUGGUGGUGCUUUUUGUACCCAAGAUGCGGCGUCUCAUCACCCGCGGUGAGUGGCAGUCGGAGCAGCAGGACACUCUGAAGACUGGCUCGUCCACUAACAACAACGACGAGGAGAAAUCAAGGCAGCUGGAGAGAGAGAACAGGGAGCUGCAAAAGAUCAUCCAGGAGAAAGAAGAGAGGGUAUCGGCACUCCGCAACCAGCUGGCAGAGAGACAGGCUCUACGCAACCGCCGCCGACCCUCUGCAGGCCAGAAUCAGAACCACAACGCCCCGCCACCCUCAUCCCAGCAGGAUCCCAAGUCUCUGCUUCCCCCGCCCGGCUACCCCAACCCCACCACGGACAAUCACUCCCUCCCGCCGUCUUUCUCCAACUCCUCCAACCUGUACCCGGCGGACAGCAAGAUGAGCCGCAACCACUGUCACAACAGCCAGAUCCCACUGUUGUAUAAAUAGGCGAGGCAAGGGGGGAGGGGGGAGACAGUCACACAGUGCACACGGGGGACACAAAACACCACAAGACACUGUGACUUUCACUUGUUUCGGCGAUGAGCACAGCAGUGUAGUGACACUGUUUUGAAAUACGGUGUGGAAGCACAAAUAUGUACAGGGGAGUGCUUAACACUUGGCAGCUUCUGAGAGUCACGCAGGUAACACCCGUCCUCACAGUUUUGAUCUCACUGUGUUCAACCCAACAACAAGGCACUUGUGACUGGUCGAAGCGGCAACAAGCACAUCUCAGACUAGCAGCACUGGAGGUCUUUUCAAAGGUCGAGUGCACGAAAAGAUCUCUUAAUCAUUCCUCUCCCUCAUUCGUUAUCUCGUUCUGUUGUGGAGACACCGCGUCGAGGAUGUUACAAGGAAAAGUUUGUGUUUGUGUCUUUGCUAUAUCGUCUCCACCUCUUGUCUCUCGAGUUUGUUGACUAGACAAGCACAUACAGUAGUGAUUUAUAUUGUUCUGUAAUAUCAGAUCUGUUUUGUCAUGGAGUUGAUGUUCAAUUAUCUGUUUACUUUUCAGGAGAGUUGUGAAAACUGAAAUUUACAAAGGGACAAAGCAAUGUACAGUUUUUUUCCAAUGUUUCCUCGACUGUGCGGAAUACUGGUCUCACUGAAAAGUGAUAAUGUGCAUUAUUAAAUAGCCAUAAUCAAGAAGGGCCAACAAGCUUGGCACAUACGUAUGGAUGUCUGUUGUCAGGACUGUGUAUUCAAGUACAGCACUGCAUCUUAAAGACCCAGCCCUUUGCUGAUAUAUGAACUUCACUAAUAUUACAGUAGACCCAUUUCAAAGGAGAAUAUUAUCAAAGCUUACUGAUGUGUAAGAACAAUUUUGAUAGUUUUGCCGUUUGAAAUAAUGAUUUACACUGGCCACUCCUGCAGCCACAGUCACUGCAGGUGACAGAUAGAGAUCAAAAAGCCGGAAAACUCAAAAUUCCCACUUGCCAGAAGAAUAAUUUGUACUAAGCCGAUUUAUAUUCCAUGCAUGCAGUGAGAUGCUGGGCUUCUACAAUGGCUAUUUCUGUAGAUAUUAAGAGAAAGCACAGUUUUUCCUCAAGAUUUUAUAUAUGUAAAUCUGUAACACGUCAUUCGUGUGAGCCUUUUUAUUUCGAAAGGAUGUUUUUUUUUUUUUUUAAUGUUUUCCCAUAACAGACAAUCUGGAUGGAUGUUCUUUUUUUUUUGUAUUUUUCUUUCCCAUUUUGCCUUUGAAUAACUUACAGUUGUAAAUGUAUCAAAGACAGAUAUACGUAAAGUAAUGUGACAUACUGUAUUUAUUCAGCAGUUAAUCUGGAUGUACUAUUUCAUUCAUGAGCUAUUUCCAGAUUUUAUAAAGCAAUGAUACCUGAACAGCUUUAUCAACAGGUAAAACAAUACUUUUGUCAAAUAUUUUUAAAGAUAUAUAUAUUUCAGUGCGCACUUUAAACUCAACAAACUACAGUUACUCCAAUUUAUGUUGCUGUUAUUCUAAUACAUUUUAGCUCAGGGUAUGGAGAGGGACAUAAAUGAAUGAAAUAGGCCAUAUUUAUUAACUGUGCAGUUCCUGGAUCAGAUAGUGUAACAUAUGAAUGCAGAAAUAAUUUAGGAAAUGUUCUAUUAUCUUGCACAUAUAUGACAAUAUUCAUGGAUUUGGGGAUAUUUGUAUUCAUUAUAUCUAAGAUCUUAAAUGUUAAUAUAUUUCAGAGUAUGUGUAUGCAAAUAUAUGGGUACCAUAAAUAAAAUCAUUGUUU